AUGGCGCCCGUCUCCAUCGCGCAGUCGCGCGCGUUGAUCGCGGGCCGCCGCGUUCGCGACGAGCGGCGCGCGCGAUCGAACGCUCGCGUCGGCGCCGCGACGAGCCGCCGAACAAAAAAUAUCUCGUCCACCACAAUCGCCGCCGUUUGGCCUCCUCGCGAUGGCGCGCUCCUCCGCGCGACCGCGGGCGUCGCGGUCGCGACCCCCGCGGCGGCGCGCGCGCUCCGCGGAUCGACGAUCGGCCAAACCGCGACGAGAAACUCGCGGACGACGCGACGGAUCGUCCCCACCGCGGUCGCGGCCGCGUCCGGGGGGGAUGAUGCGUCCGCCGACCCGAAGGAGACGAAGAGGAUAUCGAAGACGGACAUCAGCCGCGACAUCCUCGCGGGGAUCUCCACCGCGUGCGUCGCGAUGCCGCAGUCCUGCGCGUACGCGUUCCUCGCCGGCACGGGCGUGAAGUGCGCGGUCAUGGCCGCGGCCGCGUGCUCGAUCCCGUGCGCUAUCCUCGGCUCGUCGAGGUACAUCCAAGUCGGUUGCCUCUCGCUCGGCGCGUUGCUCACGCGCGGCGCGCUCCUCAACAACGGCUUGAUCGGCGCGACGGAGGUGUACGUCAUGGGCGCGUCGUGCCUCGCGUUCUACGCCGGGUGCACGCGGAUCGCGCUCGGGUUGGCGAAGAUGGGGAACGUCAUCACGUCGUUGCCCGUGAGCAUCCUUCAAGGAUUCGUCAGCGCCGCGACGUGGAUGGUGUUCUUCUCGCAAGUCCCCGCGAUGGUCGGCGCCACGGCGCAAGGGCCGAUGGCGGGGAACUUCCUCACCGCCGCGCUGUGGCUCGCCGCGCACCCGCUGUCUUGGGACUUUGGUAGCGCAGGGAUGGCGGCGCUCACGUUUUUCAUCAUGCUCAACGGCGGCAAGGUGCACAAGCUCUUCCCCUCCGCGCUCGUGUGCUGCAUCGUCGGCUGCGUGCUCGCGACGAUGGGCGUGAACGUCGGCACGUGCGUCGGCGCGAUCCACGUGAACUUGAGCACGCUGUGGCCGCCCGCCGCGUUGGAGAUCCCGAGAGCGCUCGCGACGAGCCUCCUCGUCCCCGGGAUCGCGAUGGGGGUCAUCACCUACCUCGAAGGCGCAGCCGUGUGCCGGAUGUGGGCGGACAAAGACGGCGAGGAGUGGGACUCGGACAAAGAGCUCAUCGCGCAGGGCGUCGGGAACAUCGCGUCCGCGGCCGCGGGGGGGAUGAACGUCGCGGGCGUCAUCUCGCGCAGUAGUUUCGGCAUCAUCGCCGGCGCGAAGACGCGUCUGUCGCAUUUCGUCACCGGCGUGUGUCUCGUCUUGUUCGUCAUCACCGGCGGCGGCGAGCACCUCGACGUGUUACCGAAGGCUGUCCUCGGUGCGCUCGUCGGGAGCGGCGUCUUGCCGCUUCUCGGUCCCACGGAGAAGAUGAAGCCGCUGCUCGGGAAGGAGAGCUUCUUGGGGCAGCCGUACGAGGUGAAGCGGGACUGCGUCAUCUGCUGGGCGACGGCGUUGUUCACGUUCACGGCGAAGCCCACGUUAGACAUCGGCCUGUACCGCGGGUGCUUCUGCGCGCUGCUGUUCUUCUGCUGGGAGAAGUGCAACGCGAACUUCGAGAGGGCGAAGGCGGAGGAGGAGGCGAAGAACAGCGGGGGCGGCGCCGCCGCGGCGUGA